AUGGACAAGGAGUUGGCAGAGAUAGUUUCUCCGGUGAAGUCCAGGCUCCACACAUUCACUAGUAAUAAAAAGGGAGACUCUGGUACGGUGCUCAUAAUAGGGGGCUGCAGGUACUACACCGGGGCUCCGUACUUUGCUUCUCUGGCUGCCCUUUUCACAGGGUCCGAGCUGGUGUAUAUAUUCUCGGAACCAGAGGCCAUCGUAUCCCUGAAGACAUUACUGCCCGAAUCAAUAGUUUGCACCAUAGAGUACCAGGAGUGGCUCUUACAGAAGGUCACUGCAUGUGUUGUCGGGUCUGGUCUUGGAAGGCCUUCCGAAGCAACAUGCAAGGAAAUAGCAAAAAUACUAUCGUACUUGAGUGGAAAGGGUGUUCCGCUGGUCGUAGACGGAGAUGGAAUAAGGCUGGCCGAGAGACUGGGAGUCAGAGACUUCGGUACUGUUAUCAUCACUCCAAAUCAUAACGAGCAAAAACACAUCAAGAAGAUCGAAAAAAGGGUCUUCUAUGUUCAAAAGGGCCCCUGUGACGUGGUCUUGUGGAAGGACAGUGAGACAAGAGUUGACAUUGAGGGAUGCCCGAAAAGGAUAGGGGGACAGGGCGACAUCCUGGCAGGAACUAUAGCAUCGCUGGUUUCCAAGUGCAAGGCACCAGUGGCAGGGCAAGAUGUGUUUGGAUCAGUAGUCCUGGGAUGCAUAAUGGUUAGGAGGGCAGGGAGACUUGCAUACAAAAGGCACCAGAGGAGUCUGAUAACCAGAGACAUAUUGGAGGAGCUGAAAACCAUCUUCAAGUCCGAGCUCGAGUAG